CUUCGAGCAUGGAGUUUAUCACAGCUAGCGGAGGAGUGCAUACUUGUAGUAGUAGCACUAUUACUGACAAGGCAACGGCAGUAGCAGUGCCAUGGCGGCGGCGCUCCAAUUCGUGCUGGUGCCGCUCCUGGCACAGGGCCACGUGCUCCCCAUGCUGGACCUGGCGCGCCUCAUCGCCGGCCACGGCGCGCGCGUCACCGUCGUGCUGACGCCCGUGAACGCCGCGCGCAACAGGGCCGCCCUGGAGCACGCCGCGCGGGCGGGGCUCGCCGUCGACUUCGCCGAGCUCGCGUUCCCGGGGCCCGCGAUGGGUCUGCCCGUGGGCUGCGAGAACGCAGACAUGGUGACGGACGUGUCCCACAUCAUCGCCUUCUACGACGCCGUCUGGCUGCUCGCCGCGCCGCUCGAGGCGUACCUCCGGUCGCUGCCCCGGCGCCCCGACUGCCUCGUCGCCGACUCGUUCAACCCGUGGACGGCCGACGUCGCGCGUCGGCUCGGCGUCCCGCGGUUCGUUUUCCACGGCCCGUCCGCGAUCUACAUCCUCGCCGUGCACAACCUGGCCAAGCACGGCGCGUACGACCGCGCCGCCGGCGACUUCGAGCCGUUCGAGGUGCCGGACUUCCCCGUGCGCACCGUGGUUAACAGGGCGACGUCGCUCGGGCUCUUCCAGUGGCCCGGGAUGGAGAAGCACCGGCGUGACACGCUCGACGCCGAGGCCACCGCCGACGGCCUGCUGUUGAACACGUGUGCGGCAUUGGAGGGCGCGUUCGUCGAGCGCUACGCGGCGGCGCUCGGCCAGAAGGUGUGGGCUGUCGGGCCGCUCUGCCUCCUGAACACGGACGCCAACACAAGGGCCGCGAGAGGCAACCGUGCGGCCGUGGACGUCAGCCGCAUCGUCUCUUGGCUCGACGCGCGGCCGGCGGCGUCCGUGGUCUUCGUCAGCUUCGGCAGUAUCGCCCGCCUGUUCCCGCCUCAGGUCGCCGAGCUCGCCGCCGGCCUGGAGGCGUCGCGCCGGCCGUUCAUUUGGGCGGUCAAAGAGUCCGCUGGCCUCGACGAUGGGCUCGAGGCUCGGUUGAAGGACCGCGGGCUCGUCAUCCGCGGUUGGGCGCCGCAGAUGACUAUCCUGUCGCACCCUGCUGUCGGCGGCUUCCUGACGCACGGCGGGUGGAAUUCGACGCUAGAGGGCCUCUCCCACGGCGUGCCUCUUCUGACAUGGCCACACUUCGCCGACCAGUUCCUGAACGAGGCGCUGGUCGUGGACGUGCUCGGCGUCGGUGUCCGCGCCGGCGCGAAGGUGCCGUCCACGCACGUAAAGCUCGUGAACCCCAGGGAGCUACUGGAGGUGCAGGUCGGGAGGGAGGACGUGGAGAGGGCGGUGGCCGAGCUGAUGGACGAGGGUCCCGCGGGCUCGGCGCGGCGGGCGAGGGCGAAGGAGCUCGCCGCGAAGGCGAGGGUCGCGAUGGCGGACGGCGGGUCGUCGAACACCGAUUUGAAGGACAUGGUCCGGCACGUCACCGAGCUCGCGCAGAAGACGAGGGAGGAGGACAUGGUUCUUGAUGCGGCAGAGCUCGUAAGCAAGAAGAUGGAUGACGCCGACGGCAAGUACCCAGUGGCAUCGGAAGUUGCGUGAAUUGUGUUAUUUGGUUGUACCAUUGGUAUUAGUGGCGGACGCAGCAAUUGCAACGGUUGCAGAAGGAAGUAAAUUCUAUAAAACUUGUGAAAGACUCCUGUGAGAUUUUUAAUUUAUAUUAUUUUUUCUUUAAUUUAACAAUUGGUGUGUAUGUAGAAGAGAGAGCAAGAGACACUAGUCUGCGCGGAGAGUGGGUCUUUCGAAAGAUCGGCUCUUAUAAAA